CUCCAUCUUUUACUUCUUUCAGCAGCAGCAUUCCAGCUAUCUCUUAGUGAAAUUCCCAUUACAGGAAUAAACACCAUUUGGUUCUAUUUCUCAGAGCCUUUAUUAUUUACAAAACUUUACACUGGUCUUUAAUAAAUAAAUAAAAAACAAAUAAAGCAACAUAAAUCUUUUUCUCUUUCAGCCAUCCGGCCAGAGACCUAAUGCUGACUCAUUCACAUGCUUAGUGUCAUCAGCAAUCCUGGUCACCUUACCUGAAUCUAUGGCAUCAUGACCAACAGCCAACCCACCUCGAGAGUCUUGAACUGGAGAGAAGGUCAUUUAUAAAUAACCAAUAAAUAAUAAAAUUAUCAACUUUUCUCUAGGCUCCAGGACUUCCUCAAUGCUGAUUCUCAUCGGAACAGCCCUUUUCCUCCUGGUGCAUCCUGCCUUGCCCGACGACACGGUGGCCGACGACAUUGGCAGCCACAUGAUGGGCCGCAUCUCGGAGCUCCUGUCCCCCGAGGAAUGCCAGGCCUUCUACGCCAAGCUCAUUGGACCCGAGGAGAACGUGAACGAAGAGCUCCAACGCCUCUCGGCAGAGAGGAACCCCAUCCGCAGGCGGCGGGAAAUCGCCACCACCGAGGCCUGCAAAGCCACCCUCAACGGCUGGCUGGAGACGGAAGGAGACGCCAUGUAUUGGGACCGCCUGUCGAGGGCUCUCCAAGCCGUCGGGCGUCCCGACGUCUCCCUGGAACUGGGCAAGAACCUCAACCAAGACAAGAGUCUGGAGAUCAAGAAGAACGUGGAGGGAUAUCACAAGACGGUCCAACGCUUGACCUCUUCGCUGCUCCUGGAAGAGAACGAGAUGGGUGGGAGCGAGGGGCCAGGAGGCCGGCUGCGGAGAGAGGGAUCUCAGGCCCAGCUGGAAGAGGGGGAUUGGGACAAAUUGGAGCUGAUUAUAGAAAGGAGGCCCCUGCCACCAUACAACAGGAGUAUCUUUCAGUGGGUCACUCCACUGGUGACGGGGGUCGUCGGGGGAUUCCUCACAUCCUUCGUCGUGGUGGCUCUAGCCGUGUAUUCUUUCUUCUGGAUCCUGAAGCAAGAAAGUCCCACCCCCAUGAUGCCCAACUGGGACUCUGUGCCUGAUAUGAUUUUCCGCUCCCCUUCGCCCAAGCGUGGGGCCAUCUACUACUCAUUUCAGCAAUUUGAUGAUCUGGGGAAGCGCGGUGGUGAGACGGAAGAUUACGGCGAUGACGACGAUAAUGAGGAAGACUGGGAGAAAGAACCCAUUGUUAGGUCUUAAGUAAAGCCAGCCUUACUGCAACUUGUAUUAUGGAGGAUGUAGAUUAAAAAUAAAACAUGUUUGCUUAAGAGGU